AUGGUGGAAGGAAUGUCUGGCACUUUAAGCUUCCAACCUGACCCAGCCUCACUCUCAUUCUCUGAGGAGGUAAAGAAUCUACAAAGCUUUAGAGGAUCAGAACCUCUUUACCCAGAAGAGUUUGUUGAAAACAUUAAGCGUGAGUAUAUGUGCCCAAUUUGCAAAGAGGUACUUGAUCAACCAGUCCAGACUAAAUGCCGAACUCCACACAUAUUUUGUGCUAGUUGUUUGCCAUUUUCUUUUCAAAUGUGUGGAUCCCUUUGCCCGGUAUGCUGAACUGUCAUUGUAACUCCUAAUGAGUUCAUUGAGCCAGCCCUUUUGUUCUUCGCACCAUACUUUCAGAGUUAGCUUUUCGAUGUCCUACCUGUAAACACACAGUAAAACUUCACCAACUACCUCGGCAUCAAGAAUAUUGCAUUCAAAGCCCUACAACAGCACCCACACACAUCUUCACCCCUUCACAAAGAUCAGUUCCAGUGACACAAUCCCCCCUUAUCUUAGUGAAACCCAUACCUCCAGCAGAGGAAGAGGGACCAGCACAGGUAAAUGUACCAUCACUACAAGUAGAACCUACAACCACCACUGAUACAAAUACAACCUGCAGAGAACAACUGACAGUUCAUCAACUACUAACCAGCCCAAAGGAAGCUUAUGUAUCUCUAAAGGAGGAAGUUGGAUUGUUCAUCAUGAGACAGUUUCUUUCACAGUCUCAGGAUGGGGCGACUAUUCUCCUCAAAACAGGUGGCCAGGUAAUAAAACAUUUUUUGAGUUGAAAAUAAAGACAUUCAUUUUCAAAACAAACGAUAAGAUAAUCCAUAUUCAGCCCUUAGAAUUAGUGAAAAGGACCAAGGCAAGGAAAACAACUGACGAGGUAACAAAGAAAACUGCUAGAUAUAGAUCAAAGGUAGUAGCAGAGACCAGGACAGCUAUGAGUGGUGGUGCAGCUGGUACCUAG